AUGCCGCUCAUGAAUCGCGUUAUCGCAUGGGGAGCUCUGGCUGUUCUGCUCCUUGGAGCUCUGGGCGCCCGACUCGGGUUUUCAGGCACGGGCGGAGGAGGAGCAGCAGGAUCUAUCAUCGCAAGCCGUCUAUCUGAAAACCCCAAUUUCAAAGUUUUAUUGGUCGAGGCCGGGCCAAACAACGAGGACAUACUCGAGCUAACUGUCCCGGGGUGCUCGAGCCGUGUCAAUGGACUCGUCAGUAACGGAAGCCGAUAUACCUGGAAUUUUACGACCGUUUCGCAAGUUAUGCUCAACGAUCAUGAGUUGCCUAUUGUACGAGGACGUGUACUUGGUGGUUCGAGCUCGAUCAGUGGAAUGCAAUAUGUACGCGGGUCAUCAGAUGAUUAUGAUGCGUGGGCGAAGGCGACGGGUGAUCGUUGGUGGUCGUGGAAAGGAGCGUGGCCAUACUUCAAAAAGAAUGAGCGUUGGAUGGCCCCCAACAGUGGUCGAAAUAUCACAGGCCGAUACGAUCCCCGAGUUCAUGGCUAUGGUGGACAAGCGCCCGUUGGCCUUCCCAACAGUGAACCUAGUGAUUUCGCAAUGCGAUGCGUCAAGAACACAACGUGGAAGCCCGACUAUUUCCCAUUUACCUCGGACGUCAACUCAGGGAGGCCUCGAGGAGUUGUGGGAAACGGAGAGAGAGCAAGCGAGCGUAAGACCAUUACCGUGAAGAAAGAGCUUAUUCUGUCAGCAGGGGUGUACGGGACACCUCAUACCCUUCUCAACUCGAGGAUCGGAAACAAGACCCAGCUUCGAGCAGUAGGAGUGCAAGUUGUUCAUGACUUGCCUGAUGUUGGGCAGGGACUCCGGGAAAUGCCCACUGUCACGCUAUCCUGGAUUGCAAAUGUGACUGAUCCUGCACCGACAGACCAGACGGCGGCUCUGGCUGAAUGGCAGGCGAACCGGACUGGCCCGCUGUCAGAGUUCUUGCUCGGGCGCGUGCAAUGCCUUUGGCAUAGGAUCCCAAAGGACGAUGAUAUAUGGAAGAAACAUGAAGAUCCGUCGUCUGGGCCUACUACGCCGCAUCUUGAGCUUUGGCUGCGUGGAGGGAUGCGCAAUAUGAGCACUUGGCUUCUACUUAAUACUCCCCAGUCCCGCGGAACGGUCAAACUCGGAUCGAGCGACCCACUCGAUCCUCCCGUCAUCGAUUACGGAUUCCUCAGCCAUCCCUUCGACCGCGAGGCUCUUAAAGAGGGUAUCCGACUAGCGAAGAAGUUUUUCAGUGGGCCUGUCUGCGACGGGUAUAUAACCAGCUUCCUCGGUCCCGACCCCGAUAUGCUCUCAGAAGUGGAGUUCGACGCGGUAGUGAGGGACAAUCUUAGUGGGUUCUCGCACGCGGUUGGGACUUCUGCUAUGACGAGAAAGGGGGACAAGAGGGGUGUAGUCAAUCCCGAUUUAAAGGUGAAAGGGGUGAAGCUGCUGAGGAUUGUAGAUGGUUCUGUUGUUAUCACCUGGGUGCUUACCAAGCGAGAGUGGAAGCGAUCGCAUGCGUAA